AUGUCGCUGAAUACCGCACAGGAUGCAACCGAUAUGACGACUGAAACAGCACGACAUAUAAGCACAGAGAAGAGUAUAGAAAUCUCAGUAGUAGAGGAUGCUGAGAAAGCUGAGCAGACUAAAGCCAAAGACAUAACCAUAGUUGCAAUGCGCAAUUUUUACAUAAUUGCAAGCGCCUAUCUAUUAUUCACCCUCACAGAUUCGGCACUGAGAAUGGUUGUGCUGUUAGAACUAUAUCAACGUCACUACAAUGCACUCCAAAUUUCGAUCAUGUUUAUGCUAUACGAAUUCUUGGGCGUGGUCACAAAUCUUGUCGCUGGGAUUAUUGGAGCACGUCUUGGGCUUCGCUUCUGUCUCGUGACAGGUCUCAUCUUUCAAUUAAUUGGCAUCGGCGUUCUAAUCGGUCUGCAAGAGGAUUGGUCACGUACUUGGGUUAUAAUAUACAUUGCCCUAGCUCAAGGAUUCAGUGGCGUUGCAAAGGAUAUGGUGAAGUUGGGUGGGAAAUCGGUGACUAAGCUGGUUACGCACGAGGACGGUCAACAUCAAUCCAAAUUAUUCAAACUAGUUGCUUGGUUGACUGGUGCAAAGAAUUCUAUCAAAGGUGCAGGAUUCUUCUUGGGAGCACUCUUAUUGAAUAUAGUUAGCUAUAGAGUAUCGUUAUCAGUGUUGUUAGGAAUGAUUGCUAUUAUAUUACCACCCAGUAUGCUAUGGUUAGAUAGUCAAUUAGCAGUCAGCAAGCGCAAGGAGGCCUUGACACUAAGGCAAAUAUUCGAUAAGGGGAGGGAUGUGAAUAUACUCUCACUAGCGAGAAUGUUCCUAUUCGGAUCAAGAGAUCUGUGGUUUGAAGUACCGUUACCGUUAUUCCUCCGGGGUCCAUUUGGAUGGUCGUUUAUAGCAACGGGAGCCCUGCUCGCCGGGUGGGUAAUAUUCUAUGGCGCAGUGCAAUCAAGCACACCACAGCUUAUUCUAAGACCGCUGGGAAUAUAUCCAAUUGAAAAAGCUACCUAUCUUGUUCCAUCAACACUAGUUUUGUUGAUCGUAACCAUCGCUGUUGCUAUUGUUCUUACAGUUAUCAAAGAGAUAAAUACGACUCUACUUGCUUUACUUCUCGUAGGAUUGUUUGCUUUUGCCUUUGUUUUUGCUAUCAAUUCUUCGAUCCAUUCAUUUUUGAUUCUCUCCUAUUGCCAUAGAGAUAAGGUUGCAAUGAAUGUAGGAUUCUAUUAUAUGGCUAACGCAAUGGGCAGACUCGUUGGUUUGAUUCUAGGAGGUGUACUGUUCUAUUACGUAGGACUUUAUGCCUGUCUUUGGACAAGCGCUGGUGCUUUACUUAUAUGUAUGAUCGUAUCAGCAUUCUUGGGUCCUUUGUGUGGCGCUGAUUUAUCACCGCCUGAUUUAUCGCCGCCUGAUUUAUCGCCGCCUGAUUUAUCGCCGCCUGAUUUAUCGCCGCCUGAUUUAUCGCCGCCUGAUUUAUCGCCGCCUUCUAUCCCAAGUUCGGACCAUACAUCCAUUAAUCACUAA